GAAGAAUACAUUUGGUGUAUUGAGCAAACUUUGUGUGCGUUUAAAGAUGGUAAACCUCUUAACAUGAUCCUCGAUGAUGGUGGUGAUUUAACUGCGUUGGUUCAUCAAAAACAUCCCGAAAUGUUGAAAGAUAUAAAAGGCAUUUCGGAAGAAACAACUACUGGGGUACAUCACUUAUAUAAAAUGCUUAAGGAAGGAACUUUAAAAGUUCCUGCCAUUAAUGUAAAUGAUUCCGUCACAAAAUCAAAGUUUGAUAACCUUUACGGAUGUCGUGAAUCUCUUAUAGAUGGCAUCAAACGAGCAACUGAUGUACAAAUUGCAGGCAAAGUUGCUGUUGUUGCUGGUUAUGGAGAUGUUGGUAAAGGUUGUUCGGCGGCUCUUCGUGGUAUGGGUGCCCGCGUUAUUAUAACUGAGAUUGACCCUAUCAAUGCUCUUCAAGCAGCUAUGGAAGGUUUCGAGGUGACAACUAUGGAAGAAGCAUGCUCGGAAGGAAAUAUUUUCGUAACAGCCACCGGUAACCGUGAUAUUAUCUUAGGUCAUCAUUUUGAGAAAAUGAAAGAUGAUUCAAUUGUUUGCAACAUCGGACAUUUUGAUAUCGAAAUUGACGUUGCCUGGCUCAAGCAAAAUGCUGUUUCUCAUGUGAAUAUCAAACCUCAAGUUGAUCGUUUUACUUUGAAAAGUGGUCGACAUAUUAUCCUUCUUGCUGAAGGAAGAUUGGUUAAUCUUGGUUGUGCUACUGGCCAUCCAAGCUUUGUAAUGAGUAAUUCAUUCACAAAUCAAGCACUCGCUCAAAUUGCUCUUUGGACGGAUCCAUCAUCCUACCCGCUUGGUGUUCAUAUGUUACCAAAAAAACUUGACGAAGAGGUUGCAGCAGCUCAUCUCGAUAAAUUAGGUGUAAAACUUACUAAGCUUAACCCAGCUCAAUCUGAGUAUUUGGGCGUUAAGGAGAAUGCUAUUAAAUAA